AUGAAUCUUUCUGGAACCAUAUCUCCUCAUCUGGGAAAUCUUUCCUUCCUUGUUUAUCUCAACUUGAGUGCCAACAAUUUUCAUGGGAAUUUGCCCCACGAUUUAUCCCACCUGCAUCGACUUAAAGUCCUCGAUCUCGGCAUUAAUAAUCUCGAUGGAGAGUUACCAACUUGGCUUGGUUCAUUCACCGAACUUCAAUAUUUGUCUCUGAGAAACAUUAGCUUUUCUGGGCUGAUUCCUACUUCCAUCUCUAACAUGUCAAAGCUGGAGCAAUUAGUCCUGUCGUCCAAUUCUUUACAAGGAAGGAUCCCAAUAGAGAUUGGACAUGUUGGUAAUCUCAGGACACUAGCCAUUAACUUCAAUCAGUUGUCGGGUUCAUUGCCAUUUGAGAUCUUCAAUCUUUCCUCUCUUGAAAGACUUGCCUUGGUGGGCAACAAGCUUUCUGGCAGUCUUCCAACAAAUCUCUGCAACCGUUUUCAGAAACUCUGGUGGCUUUCCCUAUCAGUGAACAAUUUAUAUGGUCCAGUACCAUCAAAUAUAUCUCAAUGUUCACAACUUCAAGUAUUAUCCUUGUCCGUCAACAAUUUUAGUGGUUUCAUACCCAAGGGAAUUGGCAAUUUGAAGCAGCUUCAGUUGCUAUACAUUGGCUUGAACAAUUUUACAGGUGAAAUCUUCAUUCUUGCCUUUACUGGCAAUUGCAAACCUGUUGAGUUUACUUUCGUCUUUGAAUACACAUAA